UUUUGUGCAUAACGCAUGUCAGAAGAUAUGCACUUUUUCAGAUUAAUUGAGCAGAUUUGGCGAACAAUUUCCGACAUAACCGUAAGUAUGUGGGCGAAAAAAAAGAAAACGAUCAAAGUGUUUUUUGUCCUAACAGACGAUCGGGCAGACAUAAAAAACAUGUCUGAAUCAAUGCAGUUGGCGUUGCAGGACUGUUACGAUCACGAGCUGACGACGAGCGUCGUUGAAGAAGCCGAAGUUUGUAAAAUGAACACAUUUAAAAAGAGCCAAGUUUUUGUGUUUGACAACUUUGAAGGAGUUGCUUUUCAUCAUGUGCUGUCUGCGGCGAAACAAAACGAAGCUGUCAGGAUUGUUAGUCCUUUGUGUUUAAGAACAUGUUUUGUUGAAGCCAUUUCUAUACCAGAGAAUAAGUCUCCGGUAUACACGUUGGCGAUGCGAGAUGUCGUACUGAGCGCUUCUAACAUAAGCCCACAAGAAAAAGAAAGAGUAAAAGAAAAAUUUGAGUACAUGGGUGGAGUCUUCACGCACAAUCUCAGAGACGUAACGACUCAUUUGAUGGUUGGAAAAGUGGGAUCGGCAAAAUAUACAAAAGCCGUGGAAUUAGGUCUGUCGAUAAUGACGGAAAAUUGGGUGGAAGCUGUUUGGGAAGAAAGUCUAGAACGCAAUAUAGUCGGCACCGAAUCAAUGUUUGACAAGUACAAAUGCCCUCUUUUUUACAAUCUUCAAGUUACGACGUCCGGUUUGGAUGCAAACGACAGAGACAAAAUUUCAGCGCUCGUCAAUAAAUAUGGUGGAAAAUAUAGUCCUCAGAUGAAAAAAGGCGAAACAGACGUGUUAAUCCUACUCAAGCCUACGGGCCAGAAAUUCGUUUACGCUCAACAGUGGGGUUUAAAAUGCGUCAACCCAAGUUGGAUAUACGACAGCACUGAUAAGGGACAUUUGGUCGAGCCCCAAGAUUAUAUUGUCAAAAAUACAAUGUUGAGUUCGACACCGGCAAUUUCUAAUGUCCAACCUUCGUUUUCCCAAAGCGACAUCAGUGAAAUAGUUGCCGAACCCAAGUCUACGAUUGAGGAGACAAUGAACGAUCAUAGCGUAACUAAACGUCAGGCAACAAAUAAUUGCAGGACCCAAGACGACUGUACUACGCCGAAGAAAAACAAUGGACAAUUUUUAGCAAAGAACAUCAACUAUAAAGCCAUUUUAAACAGUUUAAAUUUGACUGACGUAAAAAAAGCCGGCACAAUACUCGAUGGUUGCAAGAUUUAUUUUAGUGGAUUCAAUUCGAGCGAGGAAGAGAAACUAAAAAGAAUCGUGAUAUCGACCGGCGGAAUCAGAUAUACCGAACUAAGCGAAUCUGUCACCCACAUUUUGGUCGGAGAUUUUACAGCUUCUUUGGCCAAAUUAUUACAUUCCACUCAUCAAAAACCUCACGUCGUCACUUUAAACUGGAUAAUUGAAAGCGUUAAACUGAAGUGUACGGCUCCAGAAGAACAGUUUCUCGCAAUGGACGCUUCACAUACAUUUGCGCCAGAAUCUCCAUCCCCCCUCAGUAAAAAAGGAUUGUUCAUGAUGAAAAACAAAACACUCUCUCAAGCCAAAGUCGUUGAAAAGCCGAAACCAUCAACAUCGGUAGUACCUGAUCCUAGGCCGACGCAUAACGAUUUUAUAGAUCAAUAUUUAAACGCCGAUAGUAAUAACAGUUCUAAUAACGAUACACAAAGCCAGAGGUCGACAUAUUCCACAGACGACACAUUGUCGACUCAAGAUAGUAGACUUGAAUCUGUGUUGGAAGGUUUAACCAUACUCAUGUACGGACUGGACCCACAACAGAUGUCGUCGGUGAAAACCAAAAUAAUUGCGAUGGGUGGUACAGCGGUAAGCACUCGUAGUCAUCGGGGUAAGUUCAACUACGCUGUCGUGCCCAUUGUGUUUAACGAAAAGUCGCUGACUGUAAAUGCAGAGAUCGUCAGCUGCCUUUGGAUAGAAGACUGUUUUAAUAACGUCGAUAAAGUCACCAUCUCAUAUUAUCAUAAGCCCGUAAUUUUUAGUGGAUCGGCUCCUUUGAAGAACUGUGUAAUAAGCGUCACCAACUAUGCUGGUUCGGAACGGUAUUUUUUAAAAGAAGUGUCGUUGCUUCUCGGAGCCCAUUAUCAAGAUGCGCUGUCCAGAAAACCAAAGCUCGAAGACAAUAUUUUGGUGACCACCCAUCUAAUUUGUCCUAACCCGGAAGGGCCUAAGUACGAGGCGUCCGUCAAAUGGGGCAUACCCGUAGUGUCCAAAGAUUGGUUGUUGGAUUGCAUAAAGUUUAAAAAUCGUCUCCCCGAAACCCAAUACCCCAUUAUCGACAAAGGAAAUGAGACACUGACGGGCAAGAGUACAGUGGUGGACAUCACAACGAAUACGUCCAGCAGAAAUCUUAGCCAAUUACAAAACCUUACCGACGUGUCACUUACGCCAAGAGUCACCAAUUCGGAAGCGUUGGAAAAAGAAAUAGAAUCCGAACUGGCUGUACCGCUGCAAGACACGGAAGACUUUGAACCGCCGACGAAAAAAAAAUGUUCCAUAGAAAUGAAUCCGACGCCCAAAGCGUUCGCCGAAGACAGAUCGACUCCGAUAGGCCUAAGAGCUCGGCCAAAGUCGUCUUGCCUGACGCCCGUCGCUUCCGGCAGUUAUAUGACCAAUUUAAAAACCCCUGACACACCGUACGGCCAAGUUUUCUAUGAACACUCGGUCACACCGGAAACAAAGAAACGGUGGAAAAAAUGGGUCGAUACUUUGCCCGACGGCCCAAAAGAGUUACCGCCGCAACCUAGUACGAGUAGACGUGAGAGUACUCCUUUGACCGAACUCAAGCGACGCGUUUGGGACAAGCUACUGCAUCCAUCCUCGAAAAACGAAGAGAUACAAUCGACGGAUAACAAUAGCAGUUAUUCUCUUAAUAACUCUCGAAAGUCAAAUUUGGGGAACUCGUCGGAUAGUUCCCCGAAUUUGUCUAGAGACAGUGCCAGAUCGGGUAGGUCCAGCGUAAACAAAUCACCGACCAUAGAUUCGAAACAACAAUCGUUAGACAAACAAGAAUUUAGACGAACGAUGGAAGAGUUGCAACAAGACUUGUCGACUCCAAGAGAGCAGCCUGAAUUGAAUUUUUCUAGAAUAGAGUCUAUUGACAGUCAAGACGACCACGCAAGAAAUUCGCUAUUCAAAGAAAGAGUGAUUGAAUCGUCACAACAGUGCUCGGUGGGAUGGGAAGAUCCGACCGAACAACAAGAAAAAGCUCGGCUGAAAAGACUAACCGAAUGCAAUAGGAAGUUCAUAUUAACCAGCGUCAAUGCUAACGAACGACAAAAGUACGAGGACGCGAUUGAAAAACUCGGUGCUCAAGUGUUGCGUAGCGCAACUUUCAGCGGAGACGUCACUCACGUGCUAAUGCAUCAGCCGAGCAGGAGUGAAAAAUACCUUUGUUCGUUGGCGUCCGGCAAAUGGAUUUUGCAUCCGAGUUACAUUGACGCCUGUUUAGAAAAAAAUCGAUUUCUUCCCGAAGACAAAUAUGAAUGGGGCAAUCCUUUGUCGGACUUGACGUUGACCACUCCGUUGCACGGAGCCGGUUACCGUUGGCGUAACAAACUCUGUGCCGAUCGUUUGGCUGCGUUCAGCAACAUGAAAGCCGUGCUGUUGACCUCGGAACCGCGACACCAAGCCCUGAGUAGACUCAUCCAAGCCGGCGGUGGCGUCAUCUUGGAUAUAAAGGAUCUACUGAACUCCACUCAUUGUAUUGUUGAUCAAGGUCACGGCAACAUUCCGGUUCCCCUCAACGAAAUAGCCGCCAAAGGCAUACUAUUACUGCCGGCUCUGUUUUUGGCCGAUUUCCUAAUCAAGGAUCCCAUACCAGACCCUAAACAAUGUCUGAUUCCCGAGUACCAAGCUUUUUACAACCGGUUGGCGCCCAACUCUUGAGCGGGAAACUCGAACGUACGUCGUUGUAUCUAUUUUCAAUAUCGUGUUCUUUGUUUGUCUUUUUAUUUAUUUAGUUUUUCUUUUAGCCGUAUUUAUUAUCGGUCAGAUCUUUUAGAUCUGAUCGUAGCGUGUAUUAAUUAAUUGCAUUAAUAAAUUUUAACGUGAGUGUUUCCAA